CAUGAACCUUUCUUCACGCAAGUCUCCUGCCAUUAGUGGGUUUGGCGAAAGUCAUCAAACUUUAAAUCAGAGAAGGAAGAAACGGGACGAUCGAAGGGAAGAACUUUUUCUGCAAUAUGUCAACUCGGUGUCAACGUAUAUAACGAAACGACGUCCAUCACCUUCACGCGAUCCGCAACACGGCUCGACUGAUGUCACACAGGCAACAGUGAACUUUCAAGCGCCACAGCGGUAAUCUCGACGUCUAGUGACUUGGUAAUUUCGUCUCGUUUCUCCGUCAAUGGGAUUUCAUGCUCUCUUCUUUACCGUUAUGCGGCGUCUGCUGUAGUGUUUGGUGCUUUUCGCGCGUGACUAUGUUUGUUUGGCUUUGUGUCUGUGCGAUGGCAUAGUUGCAAUCGUGCGAAGUAUGAAUUUGAGUCCAAGAAGUUAAAUAUGAAUCACUUGCAACCGUGAUUAUUUAUAUUUAUAAAUAAUGGAUAUCGAAAGAUUAAUUAAAAAGAAGAAACGGGUCAAACGUGAUGGCAAUCUUCAGCAAUUGGCUGAAAUUGUUAAAGAACUUGGAGAUGUAUAUUUUGAAAGUGGCAAGUAUGAAGAUGCUUUGCAGGAAUAUACUGAACAAUUGGAAAUCUGUAAUAUCUUAGAAGACAAAUUAAACAUAGCGGUAGCUCAUAGGAUGAUUGGAGAGAUACAGGCGGAUCUUGGCACCUAUGAGAAAGCAUUAGAGCAUCAAAAUCUUUAUUUGGAAGGAGCCAAGGAGAUAAAAAAUUUAUUAGAAGAGCAACGAGCUUAUGCAACAUUAGGUAGAACAUAUUUCUGCUGGGCUGAAAGUUUGCCCGAAGAAUCUGAAAAGAAACCUGAUGCUCUCACAAAUGCAAGAAAUGCAUACAUGAAGAGCAUACAUCUUUGCAAUAAACUAAGUGAUACUAAUAUCGAAUUGAGGGAACUGAUUACAAUGAGAGCACGAUUAUUACUGAAUUUGGGAUUGGUACUAGAAGGUGAAAAAAAACAUCAAGAGGCUAUUGAUCUAUUGGAAAAAGCUGCAGGUUUAUGUAAGACACAUAAUUUACGAGAAGAUUUUCAUAGAACGCAAAUUGCUCUUGGAGGAAUUUAUGAGAGAAACUGUGAUUAUGAUCUGGCUUUAACACAUUUUCAAUCCGCAACUGAAGUUGAUAAUUCAACUUUAAAAGCAGAAGCACGAUUUCUCCAAGCAGAAUUGCUUUUAAAAAUAGAAAAAUGGUCUGAGUCGCGGAAAAUAUUAGUGCCUCUUUAUGUUAUGGAUAACUUACCGCAAACUCUGAAACGACAAAUAGAAAAAUGUCUCAGGAUAGUUGCAACGUUACAAACAACUGAAGAUGCUUUAAGUACAGAAGAAAAUACCAGCGUUAAGUUGAAAUAUUAUGAAACAUUAGGAGAUGCAGCAGUGGCUGCACACUGUUUUGAAAAAGCCAUAGAAUAUUACAGAAAAAUGCUCGUAUGUGCGGAAGAAACUGAAAGUGAGCGUACAGGAGCAGCUUUACUAAGUUUAGCCCAAACAUUGAAAGAUGUUGGUCGAUAUAAUGAAGCAUUGGACUUUGCUUAUAGAGAAUUAAAACUAUGUGUAGAUCCACGUGAAAUAUGCAGAUCUGCUUUGUUUCUAACAGAUUUAAUGGUAGCUACUAAAGCAACUGCUGAGAAAAUUGAAGAAAUUUAUAGUUUAGCCUUGGAAAAUGCAAAAUCUUGCAAUGAUGUUUCUUUAAAAGCAAGUGUACUAACAGAACGUUUAAAUUAUUUAACAAAUACUGGUAAAUCAGAUGAAAUAAAAACACUUAAGGAAGAACUAAAUGUAUUGGAGGAAUUAUCUAAUGAUACAGAUAAUGAAAGUGAAUCGGGAGAAACUAUUGGUGCGAAUGUUUGCUUGGAAGAUUUAUCGGAUGUUGAAGCAGAGUUAAAGGUUAAAGAGAAUGUCAAAAAUAGGAAACGAAUAAAAAGAAAUAAAUCGGUUGCUGUAAAAAGAAAUGAAAAAGGGGAGACACAGCUUCACGUAGCUUGUAUCAAUGGAAAUAUUGAAACUGUAGAAAGAUUAUUAGAGUCUGGACAUUCAACGAGUGUUAGAGAUCAUUUUGGUUGGACUCCUCUUCACGAAGCAGCUAAUCAUGGUCAUGUGGAGAUAGCAAAAUUAUUAUUAAAGUAUGGCGCAGAUAUAAAUGAUCCUGGAAGUUUAAUGUGUCAAGGAGUUACUCCUCUUCAUGACGCGGCUUCUUGCGGUAAUUUUACUAUGAUAAGGCUAUUAAUCGAACAUGGAGCAAAUGUAGAACUUACAACAAACGAGGACGAUACUGUACUAUAUUGUUUAGAACAGUGGAAGAAUCGUGUUGAUUUUUUAUCUUCUGAAGAUCAAACGGAGUACAAUGAAUUACAUAAAAUAUUAUCUACUAUGAUACCGGCCAGUAAAAAGAAAAUUUCAAAACGAUUUCAUAAAUCACCAUGUAAUUCAGGAACUCAUAUCGUAGAUGAAAGUGUUCGUAUAGAAAAGAUUUCUGCAAGUGAAGAUUAUAAAAGAACUAUAGCUAGUUUGAAACAUAGAAAUGAUCCAAUUGGAGCUUCUCUGUGCUCUACGAAACGAAAUGUGAAUCCACUUUUAAAUAGCGAGGAGGUCCUUUUGGAUGAUUGGUUAGAAGAUGAUAUGAAUGAAAGUAUAAAUAAUAGAAAGUAUUCUAAUGAACAUUCCUUCUCAUUGACAAAAAGGAAAUCAAAUAAUGGAGAUGUUGAUGUCGAGAAAAAUUUAAAACGGCAGAAAACAAAUGACCAAGAUCUAACAGUCAAUAAUGAUGAAUGCGAUAUGAUAGAGGAAGAUAGUGAAGAUAACUGUGAUACUGAAAUAAAACAGAUUUCUAGUGAAUGUAAAGUUCAGAAAAAGAAACAGCAAAUGUCUUUGUUAUCAGUUGGAUUUACUAAAGAUUCUACUUCUCGAAGUUCUUCACCUGUAAUUCCAUCUGCAACAGAAUACGAAUCGAGAGAAAUCAAUACUAUAAGAUCAGUUAUUUUAAAUAUCUCUGUGGAUGGAAAAAUGUUCAAAAUUCAAAUAGAAUUUUCAAAUACAGCAAGACCAUUAAUAGAAGAAAUUGUAGCUGAUAUUGAAAUUAAAUUUUAUAACGAUACUGGGUGUAAAGCAAAACUAGAUUUAAAAACUAUGGAUGGUAUUGAGAUCAAUUGCAAUAAUGUGUUCGCGAUAUUAAAUGAAGGGAACAUCGUUAAAAAUUUGAUAUGCGAAAUAAUUCAGUUAGAAACUCCUUCUAUCGUCGAGCGAUAUGGAACUAUUUGUAAAAAUUAUAAUAUAGAUGUCCGAGAAAGUAUGCUAAAGUGCUUAAAAUCAUGUGAAAACACUUUUACUUUACGGCUGAAACAAGAAGAUAUUGGAAAAGAGGAAUUCAUAUCCUUAUUGAAAACUCUGGAAUAUGAAAAGAACGUUCAAAUAUUAGAUUUAUCUGGUGGUAAACUACAUGAACUAGGGAAAGUUUUAAACGAUUGUAUUUCAAGAUUGUCAACUUUACAAGAAUUGUGCCUUCAAGGAUGUGAUAUAGAUUCUAUAUGUCUAAGUAAAUUGGAGAAACUACCUUCACAACUUAAGUUUCUAGAUUUUAGCUAUAAUCCACUUGGAUCAUCAAGCCAAGAAAUCUUGUGCAAACUUCUCACCCCUUUGACACAGCUUAGGACAUUGAAUUUGAGAUAUUGCCAAUUAAAUAAUUUUCGUUUCCUUUUAAACAACAAUAAUCUGGUAAAUCUAGAUAUUUCUUGGAACUCUUUUAAUGAAGAGGAGCUCUGUACCACUUUACAAAGACAAUUACUUAACUUAAAUUUAUCGAAUACUGUUUCUUCUAACAAUUUCAAUUUGGUAAAAAAUAUUUUUAAUAAAACAGAUUUUUCAUUUGUUACCUUGGAAUGUUUAGAGCUUGCUUCUUGCGAAUUAUCAGAUAUUGACAUUAGAAAUGUAUUGUCACAUGUAUCGAAUCUUUCGAAAUUGGUUUUAAAGGGAAAUAGAAAAGUGGGAGUACAAUCUCUGAAUUUGUUAUUAAAUUAUACGCCAACAUUACAACACAUCGAUAUUAGUGGAUGCGAAAAUAUUGUCGAAUUUCCUGAUUCUGAAAUAUUUAUUGAGAAACCUGAAAUUUGUAAAUUAAUCGUGAGUAUGUAUCCAGAAGUAUGCGAUUGUUGGGUUCGAUUAUGGCGCGGAAAGGGUAUUGUGAAGAAAUUACCGCAUAAUCUUACUAUUUUUGAACCUGUGUUUUAGUAUUUCAAAUAUUUUUAUACAUAAAAAUUGCUAUAAAUCGCAGACAAUCUUAAUUUACUUUGAAACAUCUUAUAUUUUACGUGUAGAUGAUUAUUGUCACUAACUUUAGUAGUUUAUCAUAUUUUAAUUUUUAUACAGAUUAUUUUAUUGAGUUGUAAAUUUGUAGUAAUAAAUAAAAAUAUUUUUUAACGAUUAAAUACGUCUACAUUAAGUUUCAGAAAAUAUUUUGUAAAAUUUACUUAAAUUUCUUAAAUACCGGAAGUGUAUGUUUUACUGCAUUUCCCGUCAUCAAUGUGAAUGGGAACAUAUUUGACAAAGUCCAAUUCAAUGUAUAUUUGUUAUCAAAGUUUGAUUGUUUACAGUAACCUAUUCUUCAAACUAGUGCUGAAUGAAAUCAUAAAAAGCAAAAAAAUGUGUAUGUUAAUGUGGGUUAAAUAAAGUACUUAAAUAGGAUGUCUGAAAAUAUUUUAAAACCAUAAACAUUUAAAACAAGCAAUGAACAGGCAAUAAUUAAUUACUAAUGCUGUCAAUGUAAUAAAUAAAUAAUGUAAGUGAAUAAUAGUUCUAAUUGUAUUAAUUUAAUGUCGACUGAAUCAUUAUAGUAAUUUAAUAUCGAUUGAAUCAUUAGCAGUUUUUAUAUGUCAUAAUAAUUUCUUUUAGAUUCUAAUUCAAUAAAGAAUACAAAAUAACUGAUGUUCAUUGAAUAUUAACAA